AUGGAGAGUAUUUUAGAACAACAACGAAAAGCCCACGAAGAAAUAGAACGGUUAGAGCAGGCUAUCGUUGAUCAAUUCAUGAACGAUCCGAAAUCUGUGAAUGCCUUGUCUGGAACUUCCGAAUUUAGCGAAUUCUAUGGUCGUCUAAAAGCAAUAAAAGAUUACCAUCGUCGAUAUCCUAAUGAAACAGUUGAACCUUUAGAACUAGAAUUUAUCAGUCAAACAAAAUCAAAUGGAGAAGAAGAUGAUCUUGAUAAACUUUUUUCGGGAGAAGAAGGAAGUGGUCGAUUUUUAGACUUACACGCCCUCCAUGAACAAUAUGUAAAUUUAAAGAACGUGAAAAAGAUAGAUUAUUUAACUUAUUUGAGUGAAUUUGAUAAUUUUGCUGAUUAUUCCAGGGAAAAUAAACACGGAGAAUAUAUUAAAUAUUUGGAAGAAUUGCGUAGUUAUUUAGAAAGCUUUUUCAAAAGGGUGAAACCACUUUCUAACUUAGAAGAUAUUCAAGAAACGACUCAAAAAAAUUUUCUUCAACAAUGGGAAAGUGGAAAAUUUCCAGGCUGGGAAAGGCAGAUCGGUUCAGACGAAGACAAUGGCUUGUUUUGUGCAGCUUGUCGUAAGGGCUAUACGAAACAAACCGUAUUCGAUGCACAUUUAAAGAGUAAAAAACAUAUAAAAGCUGCUAGUGCAAUGAUAGAACAAGGAAUCACUUCUGUAGACCGAGAAACACAAGAGAAAUUACUUAAAGAAGCGGCAAAAGAAAGAGAUAAACGGGAAGUUGAUAUCGCAUUUACAGAGGCGUUGAUACGCAAAUAUGCGGAAAUAUUGAGUAUGCAGCGAGAAGACACUAAAGCAAAUGUAGAAAGGAAACGGGCCUUAACUGACAGAGAGCAAGCGGAAGAGGUAGAUGAUAUAGAAUCUGAGUCGGAAGAUGAAGACAAAAUUUAUAAUCCUCUGAAAUUACCUCUUGGAUGGGACGGUAAACCAAUUCCAUACUGGCUCUAUAAGCUACACGGACUUGGGGUCGAAUAUCCAUGCGAAAUAUGUGGCAAUUAUGUUUAUAUGGGCAGAAAAGCUUUUGAUAGGCAUUUUCAGGUAAUUUAA